CGAAACUCAGUCCCCGUGCAGAGCUUCGCGCGAGACGCGACACUCGAUAAAACUGUCUCCGAAAACGAUACAAAGUCUACACCGACUCUUAAUGAAACACGCACCUGGCGCUACACAGGAUGAACGUUGAGAUGUAUAAGGAGCACGGGGUGACCAAUGAGGUCUGAAUUGGUCUGUAAUGAGUGGAAGAAGAAGGGACGAGGAGAGGACUUUCAUGGCUGGAAUGAAAAAAAUUUUCCGGCAAUUUUUUGACUCGACGGAGGAUGAGUUCGCGAAUUAUCGGACGACAGCGGAAUUUGGAUACGAGUUCAACACAAAAGGGCAGCUCAGAAGCACUCGGGAUGGGUCACGCUUUAAGUACAACUUUUAUGGCAGUGGAAGUCGUGACCAGCGGCGUUACGAGGCACUGGGAGAGGUCAUAACCGAGUACGUGUACGAACUUCUGGUGAAGAAAUGUGGACUGGAAAAGCAUUACGUUCCUGUCGAAGCCAUCAAAAGGAAUGAACCCUUCAGCUUCAUCUUCAUGAGCCCCGGGGCGCUGCAGCAGGAGAAGCUGCUGCUGCUCGUUCACGGAAGCGGAGUGGUGCGGGCCGGCCAGUGGGCUCGGAGACUCAUCAUCAACGACUGCCUCGACUCCGGCACUCAGAUCCCCUACAUCAAGCGAGCCAUGGAGGAAGGGUACGGUGUCGUGGUUCUGAACCCCAACGACAACCGCAUUGACGAAAAGAGACUGAAGCGGCAGAGAAAGAGCAUGGAGGACGCCAAGAAGCGUCCGCAGUCCAAAUCCACGGACGCCAGCGCUUCGGGGAGCGGAUGGUCAUGGUGGAAUAGGAAAUAUUGCUCCGUCAAGGGCAACGAAACCCCGGAGGAGCAUCUGGAGUACGUGUGGGAGCACUUCGUGACAAAGUCCGUAGCAAGCAAAAUCUUCGUGGUGGCUUUUAGCUACGGAGGCGCGGCCGUUGUGAACCUGGUCAACACUCGCCCAGAUGUUCUGGAAAAGUUGUCAGCUGUGGCCUUUGCAGACUCCGUCCAUAGGUUGCAUCUGAGCAAUCAAAAUGUCGUGCGCUGGUUCAAAACGUUUAGUGUUCACUGGGUUAGAAGUUCAAAGGAACUGGACGCCAGAAUUCCUGGAGACGACAGUUCCCUACGCUCUGCCGGAACACCGUUUCACGAAAGGGCUCCUUGUACUGCCAUCGAUCCCAUCUUUGAGUACUUAAAGAGGAUAGCGGGGUAUGGAGGGGCAAGGAAAGGUGGCUACGGUCCGACUGCCAAUGUGGCAGAAGGUGGUGAUGACGACGACGACGUUGAAACGACUCGUAGAUGAUGGAAUCAACGAAGAACGCAUAACGGAGAGGGCUCCUGAUGAACAGGGUGAGGAAGACGAUGCAGCAGGGACAAUUUGAUGGUGACUAACCUGGGUGAUGAGAACGGGGCUGGGAGUUGGGUUGGUUGGGGGGAGCAUCGGAAGGCGCGGAGUACGAGGAGGUGGGGAAUGAGGAUGUGAUGUUGUCGCGCGAUGUACGGGUCUCUCCGGUUUUUCCCUCCACAUUUAGAAUCAGCAUGCGUUCACCUCUCCUGGUAUGGGUUCAAUCUCGACCCUAACGCCUGCUGUAUAUUUAAAGUUUGUGUGUGUGUGUGUCUCUCUCUCUCUCUCCCGACGGAUUUUUCUCUGGGUCCUUGGGUUUCCCCCUCCACAUUCAGAAUCCACAUCACGCGUUUCGCGUAUUUGGCAGCCGCUAUAAAUUUCCACAUAAGCCACGAACAAGCACAAUUCUGGGCUGCACCUUGACCUUUUGAAGUUAAGAAAAGAAAAUACAUAUAACAUUCUUAGAUAUACAUGUAACAUUAUGGUCUUUUGUACUUGGGCCUUGGGGUUGAGGCCAUAUAUUUGCUACACGGUGGCGAGGUGUUCACUCCCUCGCCUGGUAUACAGGACGUCGUGGGUUCUAGAUUUGAAGCUUUCGUGACUGCAAGGAUUCAAACUCUUCGGUUUUUUCGGUAAAGUCACGUAGGUAAAGAAAUAAAAUUUAAAUUAAUGAAAGCAAAAAUAGAUUUAUUAUUUUAUUUCAAUUAUUACUUUUAUUAUUUUUUAUUAAAAUGUUUUACCUACGUGACUUUACCGAAAACAACCUGAUGCCUGCUGUAUAUAUGGAGUUUGCGUGUCUCCCUCCCCGUGGUCGCGUGGAUUUUCCCCUGGUUUUUCCCUCCACAUUUAGGGAAACGUGCGCUUAGAGUAUUUGCCUGCUAUACAUUUGCACGUGAUUAGCCACUUCGUGAAAGCUAUCAUUUGUGGCCAGGUCGCUUCUGAAAAAGAGGAAUAUAGCUCAAUUGGCAUUACCUGGUAAAAUAUGUUUUAGUUUAGACAUGGUUCAACCAAGCACCGCUCUAUCGGCCUAUGCAUUUGUACCCAUCAACAUUAAACUAUUCAUUCGUAAAUAUUAUCUGACGAAUGGCUAUCACCACCUCGUCAUGAUCAUCCUAUGCAUCCUCAUUCAUUUUCCUAGAUAUUUCAUCAUCGGGAAGACGUACGCCUCUCCACCAUCCUUUAUUCCAAACCGUAUUUUAUUAUAUUUUAGGAUACAACCUUUGUAUUGCUCUAAUCCUCACACUCGACAUUGUAAUUAUUUCCCACCGUCUAAUAAAGGCCGUGUCCAGCGAGCAUAAACGCGUGUCAUUCAAGGACUCCCUGGGCACUUGGGCAUCACGCGCUAUAUGAUAAUUGUUUAACGACCCUAUUAUGAAGUGGAAUUAUUGAAGGUGGAUCAGAAUUAUAAUUAUUAUAGAGGCGAGAAAGAGCAUCGUACGGUGAAUUCGUAAACUUACAUUUAAUCAUCACCAUUCCAAAGUAGAUAACGAAUACGGUUUUCAAUCGGCGGAUAUCGCUCGACGUAACAUUUGUAAGACAGAUUUUUUUCAUAUCCCUCUUACGUUCUUCUCAACAGCUGAUUGAACGAUGUGAUCGCUGCGGCCCGAUUUCCUGGGAAUAAAUGUAACACGUGCAUUGAUAUUGCUUGGAGCUAUGUGGAGGCUUUUAAACAAAAUGUUUUCUCGACAAGUGUUCUUCAUUGCAAGGCCCGCGGGCCACUAGCUGCCACUGGUGGCCUUUAGUGCGGCCCCCGACAAUACACAACGUGUGAGCACACCCCCAUCAUGCUGUCUAACCAGAGGUCGCAAUCGGGUACCCGAUACCCGUACCCUACCCGAUACCCGGCUACCCGUACCCAGCUUACGGGUACCCGUUUGCGACCCUGGUGCGGCCGGGUACGGGUACGGGUAGGCCGUGAGUCACUGGUGAGUCACCGUUUGUCACUCAUUUCCCAACGUCUUGUCUCUUCUCACAAUUCAAGUUCCUAGA